AAAAGGAUCAUUUACCGCGUGCGCUCUCGCGCCGUGUUUCGCGGUACCAGAAGAACACUGUAUUUCCCAUGUCUACUUAGCUCACGAAUCGCUUAUUUCAGUGAAAAUGGAGGCGCUUAACCAGCUUCUGUUGGAGUAUCCUGAAUUGAUGUACAGCGGAGUCGGAGCUACGGCGGUUGUCGCCGGUGGAGCGCUCAUAUACAAAAUAGCCACCAGAAAGAAGCCGACCCAUGCAAAUGUGAACUGCUGGUUCUGUAAUGAAAACACAGUGGUGCCCUAUGGGAACAGGAACUGCUGGGACUGUCCCAACUGUGACCAGUACAAUGGCUUUCAGGAGAAUGGGGAUUACAACAAACCCAUCCCAGCUCAGUACAUGGAGCAUCUGAACCAUGGGGUGUCUGGGAGCCUUCCCACAUCUGAGAUACCCAAGACACAGCAGUGGGUCAACUGUCAGAUGCUGCUGUGCAGGAAGUGCAAUAACAACCAGACUGUAAAGAUCAAGCAGUUGGGCUCAUUUAUCCCAAGGGAUGAUGAGAACUAUGAUGAGGAAAUUGAUGCCUACAAACACCACCUGGAGCAGACCUAUAAGUUAUGCAGGCCAUGUCAGACAGCAGUGGAGUACUACCUCAAAUAUCAAAAUCGUCAGCUUCGAACUGUGCUCCUAAACCAUCAGCUUCGACGCAACCGAGAAUCAGACAAGGGCUUUGUAAAGAGCUCCUAUUCUGUGUCUUCUCCCACGGGGGUCAUACUGUUACGGGCCCUUGCCUUCCUGAUAUGUGCUUUCCUAGUUGCUACGUCUUUGUGUGACAUGCAAUCCCAGCCUACUUCAGUCAGUGGCCCACAAACACUAAGUGGUGGAGUCAUUCCUCCAAAGCCUAAACCCCAGAAUGAAUCUGCCCCCAACAACGAGACGAGUGGAGGCGUGCCAGUGUGGCAGAAUCUGCUGGAGCUGGUGCCAGACAAGGCCAUAGAAAAUGCCAAGCUGGUGUGGCAGCACGGAAAGGACAACCAGCUAGCUGUAGUCUCUGUCGGCCUGUUGACUUGUCUCACAGCUAUCUUCUUAGCAGGACCUGUGAGAUUGAGGAGAAUUGAUUCUGUGGCCUCUGUCCUGUGGUUCCUCAUCCUGUGCCUCCACCUGGCUGAGAGCUACUUGACCAACGCCUCUGACUGGAUGGACACAGCCAAGCUCAGUGCGGUCUCCCUCUGUUGCCUAGUCAGCUUUGCCGCUGCUGUGGCAACUCGCAAACCGCUGGGUCCAAGAAGAGCCAGAUAUCGAAGGUCAGAAUCUGAGCAGUGAUGUUCAAGUUGUGUUUGAAACAUGGGAAUUUGUAAAGGCUCCUCUUUCCAGGAGAAGUUUGUGUUCAGAACAUACUCUACAAGUGUUUUGUAAAAGAGUGAGGAACAAGCCGUUUUUAAUUCACUUUUUUUUACUCAUAACCCCCUCUUUUUCUGCUAUAUGUGAAUGACUGUGAGGUUAUGACAUGUGCAACAUAGGAUUGUGUGUGUGGCCUACAAUGGGAACAAAACACUAGUGCUACAUGCUAAAUCACAUCAAAACCUCACCUGCUAGCACACGUGCACAUCUGACGUGUGUUAAAAAAGUCAACCUUAUAGUAGUAAAGGGUAUAAAUACACAAAAAAUAAGGUAUUAUGAAAUGACUAUGACACAAUUCUUAAUCUCUCUGGUUGGUAACAGAGUUGUCUCCGAAUCACUGUUAGAUAUUUUGUUUUAGGACUGUUAAAUGAUACCCCUUUUCCACCAAAUUAGCUCCGGUUCUUGAAUCAGUUCCACUCGAGAUGCUUGAAACCUUGGUACUAUCUAGCAUAGUAUGAAGUAUUUUGAGCUGAGCCAUUGUAUUCAAGGAUGUGUCAUCAACAAGUGACGUUGUGCAAUGCACAAUUAAAGUAAACAGUAGUGACAAAAAUGGCAGAUCGCUUUGAUAAUCUGCAAGCUCUUGUUCUGUUACUACAGACAUUUGUUUUUGUUUUUGUGUUUAUAAAAACAAGCAUGGACCAACUAUUGAUAAGACUGCACAUGCUCUUUUUUAUGACGAUUUCUCACGUUACUUCUCUGUUGUUGCUGUCUCCGUCCUCUUUUUCUUAUCUGUACAAAAUGGCACAUUCACUGAUGUCACACACGAGUAUAAGAAAAACCUGCUAUUUUUUGGUUUCCCCUGAGAAUCAAUUUUUUGGGGGGGGGGUUAAGAACCACUUUAUUUUUGGUCAUAAUGCUCUAAAGGGUUUAAAAGUAGGUGCAGGAACCAGAGCGGUACUUGUUCCAUAUUGGUGGAAAAGAGGUAUGUGAUAAACUGAUGUAGCAGUCUUUUCGGAAUCAUGUAAUCAAAAAGGAAUUAUGACGAACACUACUAAAGUAUUAUAAGUUACCAACUCUCAAGAAGACUUUACAGAUUUUGUUUUGUGGGAAAUUCUGCCUCUCAAUUUCAUCGUGUUUAUUAAUCUAUUACUGGUUGCACUAAUAAUUUCUUACUAACCAUAACAAGAGUGUGGUGGACUGACUGACUGAUUUUAAGUCAAUAUAAUCGGAUUUUAACGUUGAAGUACCAAACUAAACUAAGCUAUGUAUUCUACACUAUGUUGUAAUGUUUUAAAGAAUUUUGAUUGUACUCAUUCAUUUAUUAACACUAUGGUGUAGCCGUGGGUUGAAAAUCAUUUACUAACUCCAGCUCAUUGCAUGAAAUACUAAUACGUGAAGAGACUGCCGGGCCAAACUCAAGAUGUGGCUUUUGAUUAAUCACAUCGCUUCUAUGUUGCGCCACAUCAUCUACAAAUUUUAAACAAAGAAUGACCUUGGAUAUUUCCAGGAAGUAUUCCUCUUUGAAGCCACUUUUUUUAAUUUAUAACUGAUGUUCGUGAGGAAUCUCUAAAGAAUAGAGCGUCUCUGCUGAAGCGACUGAUCAUUUCUCAAGCCAGAGCUGGGAAGUAUCUUCAUAUGUCUGGUAUCUUUGUAGAGAAGUGGCUGCCAUUGCAUUUUCAUCCAGACAGCCUCUGCAUACAAAUUGUGUGACUUGUCAUCAGUCCUAACAGUGGCCCUUUUCCUGUUUUGUUUGAACAAUGGGGAAGUAAACAUGGCAGUGUGAGGUUCAUGUGCUUAUUUGAAAAUCUAAACACUUAGCUGCCUGGGAGAAGCACUCAUUUGUUCAUCAAUGCUGUUCCCAAAUUCUGUUAUAGUUCAAAGGUCUUGCUGUUUGCUGCUCUUCUUCUUAACACACUGUUGAGAUCUUGUGCCUCUGUGAUUUCCAUUUGGAUCAUGCUUCAGUUUGUCCUUGAUCAUUGUUAACAGAUAAUCCAUGUACAAAUUCAUGCCUUGUUACUCUCUGCUGUGCUGAAAGCUAAUGCUUAAAAAUAGUGCCUACCAGGCAGAUACUUGGUUUGUCUCAAUAUUUGCUUGAAGGGAUCAUGUCUAGGUGGUAUUUUUGUCUCCUUUUUGUAUCAGUUCGCGAUCAAACAUGAAGUGCUCAACUCUUAUAUUGAAUAUAGGCGUUAGCAGGAAGUAUUUCAAGUGUUAUAUAGAACUGCAAGCACCAACCAAGUUCUCUGCAGAGUGUAUAAAAUCAAAGUUAUAGUUUGACAUGGAAAGUAAGUUUAUAAGAUUUUAAUAGAUUCAAGCAAGUCUCAAGUAAGAUGUUGGACUUAUCCUUUUCAUAUUCUUUUUAAAUAAACCAAGAAGAAGAAGAAAGAAGCACUGCAUUACCAUUUACAGCCAGAAAUUUUUUUUAGCACUUAACUGUUGCUUCCCUUAAUUACCCACCAACAUUCUAACAUGUUGAUGUAUUAAAAACACUGAUGGACGUUGCAUGUGCUAACAUUUACCUCUCGUCAAUUUAUGCAAGUCGACCCUUUUUUGUUUUACUUUGUUGGAAUGUAUUAAGAGAAGGGGGGUCAUUUUUUGACAUUAAUGUGAAAAGGUGUUAUGAACUAGUAGCUGUGUUAAUAGACUGUAUUUGGUGGGUAGCGUAUUGUAACUGUGGGGUUAAAUUUCACGUUGUGCUGUCCUGUAGUUGGAGUUGUGUUCUCAAACCAGCAUCUUCAGUGUAGUCGCCUCAAAGCUUUAAACUGUGGAUUUUUGCAACAAAAGCGCUGCCAAAUAUAAGAUAUGAAAGAUGCUGUUUGUAGGGUUAUGAGGAAAUAAUCGUCUGUGCACAACUCACAUAGGGCUGGGCGAUAGUACAACUAUGAGCGAUAUUUCGAUAUAUUUUCAGACAAGCAUAUAAACGUAGAGAACCCCGUUUAUCUUAAUAUAGGGUCAAGUUGCGUUCCAUAGUGCAUGCCAGCGUGCAUCUCUCCUGUCUCACACUCUCCGCACAGCUCCGCCCCACUCACUCCGAGGUUCUCCAGCAACACUCAGAGAGAGACACAGACCUGCUCCUCUGUUUAAUCAGUCUGUUGAUUAGUCUAAGGUGUGACAUCGAUCUAUAUGUUGCACGUACUACGUUAAAUCAGUCUGUGAGAUGAAUGAAAUGACUGCAGCACACGUACAGUUCAGCAUUGCCAGUCUGUUUGUGAGGUGGUCAACACAUAUCGCCAUUCUUGGUAGUUGUAUUCUAUUUUGUAACAUUGAGACAGCGGCGACAGAUCUGUUUUUAAAAAAAAAUGCAGAGACAACACAGAAAUUUCAUAUACAAGACGUAUACGAUGCAGACAAAGUGUCUCUUGUGCCUUCCCUUCCUCGGCCUUUCUGUUGAUGCUCUGUGCUUAAAUAAGAUAAAUAGCCUAAAUAAAUUAAAUUGUUCAAAUCUUUUUCUGCCACUAGAUUCAUUUGAAAGGCCAUGGAAAACCACUUACAGCCUUUUGUCCAUAUCGCCCAGCCCUUAACUCACACAGCGCAAUUUCCAAGCUUUUAAGCUGCGAUUUAUCUUUUCUGCCUUUGAAAAAUCUAAUGCAAGUAUUUCAGUGCCACACAGUGCUCUAGCAUUGGAUUUGUAGCACUUUGACAGUGAGACAGUGAUUGAUCAGUAAUUACUGAGGUACUUUUUUACCUUUCGUAAACUAAUCAUGUGACAAACUGCAUUUUAAACUUUUGACAAAGACAAUAUUUAGUCAAAGUCAAAACACAUUUCAAAACUCUUCUCUGACCUGAUGAAGGCACAAUAGCUGAAAGUGUUUGAAAAAAUCAUGGUGCACUGUGGAAGAGUUUUGUGACAUUUUUAUGGACUUGCAUUGAAGCUCACGCUGGUCUGCGCCUUGUUAUAAUUGUAUCGUAACAAAAAUAUAAUAUUCCAGUAAUUAUUACCUUUUGUUUGCAUAUGUAAGGUACAUAUCAAAAAGUGUUAUUUUUGCCAAAAUUUUACAUGCUGUGCGAAAGUGUUUGCUGUAAAGCUCCCGUGUGCAUGUUUGUUAUGCUGUGAUGUAUGAAUAAUAUCUAGCCUGAGUAUUUGGCUAUUUGUGUGUUUAUUUUAAAGGAUUCCUGUAACUACCUGAUCAGCUGUACGACUGUUAACCUUCAUUUGUGUCACACGUUUAGCUGUAGAAGCACUUGAUAUAAACUUUUAUGUUAAUCAUAAGUGUAGGUUGCCAAGUGCAACAGUAGCAUCAUACUGUCGCCACAAACAUAUUUUGUGGUGGUGUUUUAACAGUGAUAGCUGUAGACCUACUACCUUUUACUAAUGUAGUCGUGAAUGUCUGUAUUUUUACUGCACUGUAUGGUUAUCAAGUUUGUAGCAAGACUGUCAUACCUUUGUUUUAGCAAGGUGUGUGUGUGUGUGUUGCAGAAACACUAAGACAUAAAAUAUUAAAGGUUAUAAUGCCAAAUCUUGAUACUUUAUACACAAUUUAAGCAAUAACUUGGUUUUCCAAGAUAGAGUUCAUUAGUUUAUUUACAUUCUAUCUCAAUUUGAUCAUUUACUAUGUAUUUAUAUAUUGUGUAGUAGCCUCUGAACUGGAGCUCCGUCCAUGUUGAAAGGUUUCCUGCAACAUACAUACUGUACCCAAUGAACCGUACCGUGUUUUGGGUGCUCACAUGCUGAAAUUGGGUGUCUUUCUUUUAAUGCCAGGCUCCAAUUUGAAGACUUUGUAGGAAUGCUUGCUGUUCAUGAUGUGUAAU